GUCUUCAAUUAUAUCGGCGUGAACAAAACCAUGAAUCAACUAGCGGCUACGCUUUCACGCUCCACUAAGGACAUCGGCGGCUUUGCAGUGAUGUUUGCGGUGUUCUUCUUCGCCUACGCUCAAUUCGGAUACCUUGUCUUUGGCACCCAGAUUUCUGACUACUCCACUUUCUACGACGCCGUUUUCGCUCUUCUUCGCACUAUCCUGGGAGACUUCAACUUUAGCGCUUUGGAGAGGACAAAUCGCAUUCUUGGACCAAUCUUCUUCAUUACCUACGUGUUCUUCGUAUUCUUCGUUUUGCUGAACAUGUUCCUUGCCAUCAUCAAUGAUUCCUAUGUAGAGGUAAAAGCUGAACUUGCUAGACAACAAGCCGGUGAAGGGAUUUUUGACUGGAUAAGGAAGAAACUUACCGCUCGCAAAGUUCCCGAAAGAAAAGUAGCCACCUACAAUGACUACAAAAUCGACUUGAUGAUGGCCGGCUAUCAAGAAAAAGAUAUCAAUGCAGCUUUCGAGAAACUCAACAUCAGCUUCACGGACAAAGUCGAUGAUAAUGCCCUGAUCGAAGUCGGAAAUGAAAUUUCUGAGCAGACUAAACGAAAGAAAAUCAUCGAUGAGGACUAUCGCUCAACUGCAGUGUAA